AUGACCUCCUAUGCAUCCCACGAGGGGGGCCUGCAGCCCCCGCCCCUACCCCAGAAGUGCUUUCUGGGGUUUCUGAGGGGACCUGCUGCCAGGCUGUUUUGGAGGCCCCUGCACACCCUGGUUCCCAAGUCGACACCUUCUGCCCUGGAGGAGGCGGCCUUGUGUCAACAGGCAACAGGAGGUGUGAAGGCAGCCACCGUGGCCAAGGGGGCGGCCGGGCCGGCCCUCGUGGUGGCUGGGAAAGAAACUGUGGACAGUGAGACGACCCUCUCGGUAUCACUCAGCGAAGCAGCAACAAGUCCNGGCAGCGUCCCGGCCUGCAGCCCCGUGCCGAGCCCCGGGAGCCCUGCCACCCGCGCCUCCCUCCGCGGGCCGGCAGCAGGGAGGCGAGGGGCGCGCGGCGGCCGCCUGGGCGCUGGGCAGCGGCAGAGCGCCAGCGAGCGCGAGAAGCUGCGCAUGCGCACGCUCGCCCGCGCCCUGCACGAGCUGCGCCGCUUUCUGCCUCCGUCCGUGGCGCCCGCCGGCCAGAGCCUGACCAAGAUCGAGACGCUGCGCCUGGCCAUCCGCUACAUCGGACACCUGUCGGCCGUGCUGGGCCUCAGCGAGGAGAGCCUGCAGCGCCGGCGCCGGCAGCGCAGUGACGCGGCGCCCUCUCAGGGCUGCGCGCUGUGCCCCGACGGCGGCCCCGCGGAGACGCAGAGGCAAGGCUGCUGCUCAGGCUCGGCCGCCGGUGCCGCUGUGUCCUGGGGGUCCCCGCCCGUCUGCCCCGAGGCCCUAGCGGCGCCCGAGAGCCUGGGGAGCAGGGUCCCCGACAUGGGACCCUGGCUGACACCCCCUUACUGCCCCGGGAUGCAGUCGCCCCCGCAGCUUUCUCAAGGAAGAGCCCCUGAUGCGCCCCUUUGGACGCCGCCUCAAGCCUGUUGUGGAACACAGACACCCCCAGAGCCCCGGAACGAGCCUACACCCUGGACAUCGCCCCCCGCGUCUCUGGAGCUGGCUACAGUGUACCAGGGUAUCUCUGUGUCUCCGGAGACCUGUCUGUUGCCAGAAACCCCUCCUCUCUUGCCCCGCCCAGCCUGCCAGCGACUGCAGCCUCAGACCCAGUGGGGAUGCUGGAGCCACGCUGCAGAGGUGCUGCCCAACUCAGAGGACCAGGGACCAGGCCCUGCCCUCCAGCUCAGUGAUGAAAGCCCUCCCCAGAACUCAGGCCUUCCGCUCAGCAGCUGCCCUGAAUUUUGGCAAGAAGAUUUGGAGGGGACUCACCUGGGCAUGUUCUACUAAUGGCCUUGCCUGCCAAUAGUAAAGGCCACCCCCUUUUUCAGCCAGGAAUCAGGCCUGUAGUGUAGGCUGCCCGCCUCAUCGGCUACUUCAGUAGUAUUCAGGCUUUCUUUUAUCAAGGAUCCCUUUUCCAAGUGAUGUCUUUCAUAGAAGCAGUGUUUAAAGCAGAUAGGGGGUCACCUCCCUGGCUGAAGUCGAGGCUGGGGCAGUCCCUCCACUCCCUGACAUCCCCCAGAAUGUCCAGUGCUCUGCAGGGCACAGCCUGAGUGGCAGUAAGAUGGUGGUUACUUGACCACAGUGGUUUGCCAGGCUG